UUUCCCUUUCCCAUAGGACCAUCGAUCCCCAAAAGUCAGCUUAUAACCCUGCUUCCCCCGGCUGACUAUUGCGAUUACCUGAUCGCCCAGUAUUUCCUCCGUCUCUCGCCCUUGUUUCGCAUUCUUCAUGGGCCAACCUUUCAACGCCAACACAACUCGUUUCAGGAUAGGCCCGAAGAGGUGGAGUUUGCUUGGCUAGCCUUUUUGUUUACUAUUUGCUCACUCACACUAAAUACGAUGGGGAAUGGUGAUCCUACCAUCUCUCAUCUGUGGCCCAGAGUCGGCUAUUCAGAAGGCUUACUGGCGGCGGCCGCGCAAUAUCGCCACUCGUAUAAGAUAUGUCUGUCUCAGGAUCAAUUUCUC